AUGGGGAUAGCUGACUUGUGGUCCAUCUUGAACCCGGGGUUCGAGAACCGCCAAACCCUUCCUGUAUUUGUUUCCAGAUUCAUAUCUCAAAAUGGCCGUCCUCCUCGUUUUGCAAUCGAUGCUUAUAUGUUCUUGUUUCUUGCUGGAACUGAUGUCACGGACGACGUGGAGGUGGAUGCUGAUAUAGUCUCCAUUCGUAACUUUAUGGCCAAACUACUCUAUCUCACGUCACUAAAUGUUUCUUAUGUUGUUGUGUUUGAUGGAAAAUUCAAGCCAAAUAAAUUGCGGAACGGGGCGCUAGCGGAGGACUACGACUACGACUCAGAACUUCGCAACUUUCGCCUGAAGUACCAUGAUCACUCUACGGGCGAAAAACUUCCUGAAAAGUUGAUUGAAAGACUAAAUGAGAGUCGUAUAGAGUAUGUUCGUGCACCUGGUGAAGCAGAAGCAGAAUGUGCUAUGCUCCAGCGUUGUGGAGUUGUGGACUACGUCGUCACAAAUGACACUGAUGUGUGGGUAUUUGGCGCCACAAAAGUGCUCCGCAACUUCAACAGGUAUAAGGAAGACGUCUUUUCUCCUCUUAAGAAAGCACCACAGGAUAAUAAGGAUUACCUUGUCACCCCGGUUCAUAUGGAAAAAAUCACCGAAAACACUGGUCUUGACCGAAACCGCUUAGUUCUCAUAGCUACACUCAUGGGUGGUGACUAUUCCAGCGGUACGGACAGAUUGGGUCUUCAAAAUGCCGUCAAGAUCGCUUUAUGUGGUACACCUCAUGCUGCAAUUUUCCAUAAAUCUCCCGCAAAAAGCAAAAAGAAGAUAAAGGAAGAGCCUAUCGAGCUUCCUGACUUUUCUAAGCAAUUGGUGGACUGCUUUGUGGAUGGUGCUUCACUGGAUGUCUUUCAGCAGUGGAAUCGCAUCAGGUUUCUGGUACAAAGAAAAGAAAAACUAGCAAUUUUUGUGUCUCAGCUUAACAAGGCUAUUGCUGAACGUCCUCGCGAUGUCUUUGGCAGAAUGGUGAAGCUACCUUAUGGUGUUCUAAUAGAGGAGACCUACGUUCUCUUGUACCUCUUUCCCAUAGUUGGUCCUAGAUUGUUCAAAUUCCUGUCUGCUGCCUUGAGUAAUUGUGAAACGGAAAUAGGAUCCAAUGAGUUAUUUCCUGUUCAACAAUGCCUUCCACUUUUUCCUGCUGAUAAAACUUGGGUGGAAGUUGUUCCGAGGUGCAAUAUCUUGGAUAGUGAAUCCACUAUCGGGAGCCUGCUUAUCACAUUUACGUCCAAAUAUGGCUGCGUCAAAAUCGAAAGGAACAACUUUGAAAGCACUCUGGACCAUAUCCACCCUAAAAACAAGGUGUCUUAUUUGCCCAGCGUCUAUCGUUACCGCCUAAAAAGCAUCUUACCUCGUAUUCUUGAGAGAGCCAAGUACAGCCCUUCAGUAUGUCGCGGUAUAAUUAUCACCCGCCAGAAGCAGAUUGACGAAGAGGAAUUUUGUAUGGUGAAAUAUUUCCCCCGAGCGUUACGGGCAGUGCUCUUCGAUGAAGCUAUAGAAAGCUCAGAAGACUCACAAUCCGCGAGCCAAAUGGAAAAGCCAGAGAUAAUCUGGCUCCCUCGAAACCUUAUAGGUUUGGUCAAUCGAAACCUACUCAACGAAUUUGACGAAGUCUACAUUAAUCGGUCCAUAAGGCACUCUCCGAAGAAAGUGCAAUUGACUACUUUGGACACCCUAGGAAUGAAAAUUAUGGGUCCAGCGACUUCUCCAAGACGCCGCAAGAAAAAGAGCUCCGAAAACAACCAGCUGCUAGUAACAUCCUUCUCAACCGCUCACCAUCUCCAGAAGUUAAGGAAGAUCCUUUCGUCGAUUAUUCAAACCAACAGAAAUCUUUUGAGAUACAUACUCCCCUGA